AUGGUGAAAUCAGAGUGCCCAAUGAGUGUGACUGAGAACUUAGAAGAAGAAGAAGAAGAAGAAGGUAAACCUACCACCAAUGGUUAUGUUUAUGGUGAGAAGGAGUACAAUGACAGCACAGAGGAUACACUGGUAACUGCUUCUAUGAAUGUCACCAAAUGGAGCACUCUGGCCGUGGAACAUGGCCCCGAGGAGGCACCGGGACCAGAGUCUUCACCACUGCAUACUGUAGAAUCAGAUAAGGUGUGUCAUCCUUCUCCAAUUUUGGAGUUUCCUUCUGGUAUCCCAGGUGUCUAUUUUCCUUUCUUAAAGGGAGUUAUGUCAGAUACUAUGGAAGAAGUAUAUAAUAGAGGAGUGAGCAAAAUAGGGUCAAGUCCACCAAAUUGUGAGCACAAGUGUUAUGGUUGCACACCAUGUGAAGCCAUUCAAGUGCCCAGCACCACCAGCAGACGUAGUCAUUUGAGCGUGCAGUAUGCAAAUUAUGAGCCAGAGAGUUGGAAAUGCAAGUGUGGUCCUUCCCUCUACAGUCCGUGA